AUGGAUUCUGAACAGAUUGUGAAACUUCGUGAGCGUUUGUUGCAGUGCGCAGUUUGCAUGGAUGAAUACCAGGACCCACGCAUUCUUCCUUGUCACCACACUCUAUGCUUAGAGUGCAUUGAAAGUGUUGUUAAGGCUUCUCCGUUAACGGGGAGAUUCUUCAAAUGUCCUCAAUGCAGAGCUGAUGUUGCUGUACCCCGAGGCGGAGCAGAGCUGCUGCCUAUUAAUUUCUACAUUGUCAGUCUUCAGGAUGAAUUGGCAACAAAAGAGUACUCUGGAACUUGUGAUGUCUGCAGCCGAGACUGGAUAGCCGUGCAGUUUCGAUGUGUCGAUUGUGAUUUAGACAUAUGCAGAUUUUGUAUUCAUGCCCAUCGGCUAGAAACUCAUGCAGAGUCACCAAAAAUCUUUCGAAUAGAAUCUGGAUCCAGUGGUAAUUCAGCAAACAUUUGUCCUGAUCAUGUUGAUGAAAGCUGCCAGCUGUUUUGCCGUACAUGCAAUCAGGCUAUAUGUGUUGCCUGUUCUUGUAGCUCUCACAGACACCACAAAACUCUUCCCUUAAAUGCUCAUCUUCAGGAGAGCACAAAGUACUUACAAACCGAACUGGAUCGGCUUAUAUCAGAAAAACGGUGUGUGCUGAAAGCAGGUGAAGACAUGGACAAGCUUAAGCAAGAAGUGGGUGACUGUCAGAAACAGUCAGUAGCUCGUCUGUCAACAGCUGCAGAGGAAGCUUGCAAGUAUGUCAUGGAAAGAUUACAAACUUUAGAAACUGUGAUCAAAACCUCAGCUAGAGAACAAGAAGAAGAAAUUGAAGAUGCAAUGAAGGACUACAGAUUUUAUCUGCAGCACAUUGAGAAGGGUGUUAAUUUUCUUAAAGACAUGCAGGCAAGUGAUAUGUGUUUAGAAGCUGUUGAUGCCUACAGAGUAUUUGAUUCUCGUUUAAACAGACUUAAGAAGCAUUUUACAUCAAAAAAGUUUAAUCUCCAGUUGUGUAAAUUUAUUCCAUGUGUCCACACCAGUGUGUUCAGUGUCAACCUGCUUGAUAGACAUUUUUACCAUUUUGGCAAACUAGGAACACUCACUAAUAGCAAGUAUAGCAUUGCCUUUGAUCAUAAAACCAAUCAGCCAGUGAGAUAUCUGCAAGGUUUACCUGGUUUGCUUCACAUUAGGGGAUCAGUUGUCAUGCUGCGGGCGUUUGUAGUAUUUAUGCUGUUUCAGCUAGUUUUAUAUGUCGGGGAUGCCACUGGGAUAAAUAGUUGGUUGACUUCUGUUAUAGGCGUUUAA